ACCUUCUACCAGUCCCUCAUACCUCCACGACAGGUGUGCUGGGUGGGUGUGUCUCUCAGGUCAGCUUGUAAAUAAGGAAGAACGAACCACUAACAAGAGCUAAGAAGAUGAAAGAAGUACACCAACCACUCUUAACGACCCUCACGACUCUAAUUAUCAUCUCCACCGGACACGCUGGACACAUCCCUGUAAUACAUGAAGGGUCGGGAAUGCCUCUCAGGGAAGCGAACCCAACCACACACAGACCAGUCAUUCCUGGAGUCACUGGCUUCCCUUUCCGUGACUCUUAUGCUUCUGACUCCCUGGGCGAUGUGACUAUAUUGGAUAAUGGCCGUGUGGUUUAUGCACCUGUCCCAAGGGAAGACUUAGCAAAUAAUAUGCCAGUGAUGUGUGGCAACUAUGACCUUCAGCCUGGCGACUCCCUGACGGUGACUUCUCCUGCCUUCCCAAAUGACUACCCAAAUGACUACUGGUGCCGCUGGAACUUUACCGCUGUGGGGGGUUCAGAGGAGCUAUCCUUGACCUGCUCGGAUUUUGACCUCUAUGCCAACGACUUUCUGAGGGUCAGGCACAACGACGAGCCUGGCACUGAGUACUUUCUCACGGACGCCCCAGAGGUAGCAACCACUGAGGGAGGCGUUUUAAUCCUUCGCUUCGUGAGUAACCCCUGGAAUGCUGCGCCCGGGUUUAAGUGCACUGUGGCCCACGUGGAUGAAGCCACCACUACCACCACCACCACUACCACCACUACUACUACUUCUACUACUACCACCACCACCACCACCACCACCCCCGCCCCAACUACCCCGUUCGUGUCUCACCCAGUGUGUGGCUACAAACGAGAGAGCAAGAUUGUGAAUGGAGAAUACACAGAACCUAAUGAAUAUCCUUGGCAGGUGAUGUUGAAUAUGAGGUGGACAGAUGGAAAACAAAGAACAUGUGGAGGAUCAAUUAUCAAUGAGGAGUGGAUUCUCACAGCUGCCCAUUGUACUUUCAGGACGAACCAUGCCCAAACAAACCUACUAUACCCGAGUGUGCGUGUGCUGGUGGGGGCUCACAUCUUCACCAAGCCCUCAGCUACAGGGGGGUACUGGGUUCCCGCCUCCUCCGUCCACAUGAACCCUGGCUACACACUCUCUACUGAUAUUGCCCUGAUUAAGUUACGAAAGCCACUCACAUUUUCGGACAAGAUAGCACCAAUUUGUUUGCCCCCGAGCACCUGGUCACCUCUCAGCUUUGAAGACGAACCUUUGACUCUGACUGGCUGGGGAAGAAUCGAAACAGGCGGUAUGUCGUACAAGCUGAAGGAGUAUGAUACAGUGGGUUACAAUUUCCCUGCCUGCAACGCCUUCUACGGGUAUAACCUGAAGGAGACGCAGAUGUGUACUGAUGGGUCCGAGGAGAAACACACCUGUUCAGGGGAUUCCGGCGGCCCUGUCAUGUUCACGGAGUCCAAUGGCAGGAUCUACCAAGCAGGUGUUAUCAGUUUCGGAGCCACAAACACCUGCAGAGACAAGUCCCCAGACGGCCAGGUGCGUGUGGCUGCUUUCGCUGGUUGGAUUGACGAAGUGAUGGCUGAAAACUCCUAUUAAUCUGACAUCUGGUAUUAAUGAGGGUUCCUGGUACUGUAGUGGUAAGUUUCAUCUUGUGGUUGAGAAUACGAGUAUCAAUUAAUUUAAAAUCUGAUAUCUAAGUUCGUGUUUCAAUGAUUUUUUUCUGGUACUGGUGAUUGGUAAGCAUCGUUUGUUAGGUUAGCAGUCUGUACCUUUAAAUCCACCUAUUCAUAUCUGUUUAAAUCACCUUUGAGUGUAAUUGUGUCGUCUAUAAAACAUCUAAGGUUAUUAGUUCAGGAAAUAAAGGUGAAAUAUUAGU